CUCCUUUCCUUUCCUUUUUUUCGAUGCAGUAUCUGACCCCCACGCUCCUUCUAUUAUCUCUAUUUCAACGGUCUUAUGCCGGUAAUCUCACAAGAGGAGAGGCCUGUUCCGUCAGCGAGAACCGUCUUCAACUCGGCACCUACCAGUACUGGGACGAAUGUGAUGUCGUUAGCUUCUGCUCAGAGGAGGAGGGUGUCUGCGUAGCAAGACGGUGUCGCAAGGACGAAUAUCCAUUUGGCUAUACACCAGGGAUGACUUUCCCCGACAAAUGUCCAGAAGGUCACUUUUGCCCGGACGAAGGAAGCGAUUGCCAGCCUUUGCUACCUGUUGGAAGUCCCUGCCAACUCAACCGAGACGACCAAUGUGAACCACCACCCAAUGCUGACGAACUCGCGGACAAGACUGGUCGCGGUCUGAAUGUCAACGGCGCCAUCUGUCUCAACAACAUCUGCAUGUGGGCGAACGAAACGGAGGGCAAUGACUGCGUGCUUGAAAAUACGCCGUACAUCGCGUACGGAAUCGAGGGCGAAUUCAUCAAUAUCGUCUCCCGAGGUAACUGCCGCACAGGAUUCUAUUGUGAUGGACCCACUCGCAAAUGUCUGGCCAAUAAACUGGAAGGAGACAAGUGUGAAGCUGAUAAAGAGUGCGACUCUAUGAAUUGCUUGAGCUCCGGAGUCUGCGGUGUCCCGGCAGCAACUCCUCAUAAAUUCGGCAUCUGGGCCUACGUCCUGGUCGCAAUCGGUAUCCUCGGAGGCAUGGGUGGCACCCUCACCGGCUUGUAUCUCGCCCACAGGAAACAACGCGACAUCGAACGCGAGAAGCGACUCCAAUACUGGCGCGAGCAAAACGCAUUCCACCAAAACCUUAUGCAGAUGCGCGAGGCAGCGCGUGCAUCCAUCCUCUCUCUUCCCAACGGAGGCAGCCCCCGCAGUACCCUCUAUGGCCGGGAGUUGUCAGACGAAUCUCAUGCACCGAUGAUGCAGAAUGCUGGACCCAAAUCCUCGGGCUUGCGGCACUAUGUGGGAGAUGACAGCUCUGACUUUGAAGAUCUCAACCAACCCGCGAAGAAAGCAGAUAACCGCUUUUAA